AUGAUGAAAUCAGUGAAACAACCAGAUGAAGCUGUGGCUUUAGUACAAGAAAGUCGUGAACUACUAGCAAAGGGGGGAUUUCGACUCACGAAGUGGUAUAGUAACAAUAGAAAGGUACUAGCUUCCAUUCCGGAGAGUGAGAGAGCGAAAUCAGUGGCCGAUCUCGAUGUAGAGAAACUUCCGAUUGAAAGUGCACUUGGGUUGAAGUGGAACACAGAGGAUGAUACUUUCAUUUGGGACGUUACUGAAAAAUUGCCUCGCUUCUUUAACACAGAACCAGUGACGCGAAGAGCUCUGGUAUCGGCUGUAUACUCGUUGUUCGAUCCGCUAGGAUUCAUAGCACCAUACGUCAUGAAAGCUAAGUUAUUGUUACAAAUGCUAUGUAGGAAAGGAAUCGGAUGGGACGAUCCCCUCGGAGAAGAUGAAUGUGCCCAGUGGAAACGGUGGUUGGAAGAUCUUUCAAAGUUGUGUGAAAUACGCGUGAAACGGUGUUUCAAACCUGAUGAACUCGGCGAUAUUGUGGAGAUACAACUACACCUUUUUUCCGACGCAUCGAGAGUUGGAUAUUCGGCAGUCGCAUUUCUUCGUCUUACUGACAAUAAAAAUCAAAUAUACUGCGCGUUCGUUAUGGGGAAAGCUCGAUUGGCACCUAACCGUGAAAUUUCUAUCCCUCGGCUGGAACUGACAGCUGCCGUUAUAUCAGUGAAAUUAUCAAAGAUAAUACGAGACGAGUUAGAUUUGGAAAUCGGAAGAAUUUUCUAUUGGACAGACUCUACAUCUGUUCUAAAAUGUAUCAACAAUGAGACCAAGAGAUUUUAUACGUUUGAGUCGAACCGUCUAACCAUCAUUCACAAUGGUUCGGAAGUUAAUGAAUGGAAAUACGUUAAUCGGGAAGAUAACCCAGCAGACGAUGGAUCAAAAGGACUUAAACUGGACAAUUUAUUAAAGAACAAUCGUUGGUUGCAAGGACCUGAAUUUUUGUGGAAAAACGAAGACUAUUAG